CACCCACAUCUGUUCAACCAGUACAGUACCAAAAAGCAAGUGCAGCUUCUUCACAUAUCUUUCUGUUCUAUGUGUCUCUUUCAGGACUCCUUCUUCUUCUCCUUCUCCCCCAGUCUCCUCCCAUGUCUUCUUCUCCAGGUCUCUCAGCUCCACCUUCCCUUGGGUAGGGCAAGGAUCCUGGAACCUCCCCUUUUCCUGGGGACCUCUCUGUUACAUUUAUAUUACAUUAGUGAUAUUUAAUGAUAAACGAGACUUUGGACUCCAAAUAUAACCUUUCCCCAUUUUAAGAUGCUUUAUUUAGCUUGGAGGAGGUAAAAAAUAUUUAGUUAACUAUGUUAUAAACUACUUAAAAAAAAAAAAGACCCAGUCUGAAUAAGCAUAUAGUGAAUACUACACUUUCAUCAGUCUUCCUGGUCAGUCUGGGCCUGUCAAGCUGGCAGAGCCAUCAAAAGAGACGAAUCUGGGAGGAAAUGCGGCUCAGCUGGAAACCAAGCCCUGCUCAGCAAAUGGGGUCGGUCCAGACGUCGUCUGUCAAACUCAUUUCCGGGCGUUUUACUUAUACAUCUUAGGGGGUGAUCGGAUAACUUUCGAUUGAUGGUUACUAGCGAGAGGGCCCUUUCACGGGACGUCACAGUUUAUACAGCGCUGUCACAGGCUUUAUCUCUGAGGCGAAGCUGGUGGCAUUUUGUCAGCGGUCAGUAGUGUACUCCGCCCUCAUUACGAAGAUGAAGUGGGCCCCCAACGGGAGUGGGUCUCCAUCUCUAACAGCUACUCGAGUAGGGCCCGGCGGAUCCCAAGUCCCGACCUCGACCUCCCACACUCUAAGCACGCAGACGGCGAAGCCGGGCUCUACCUGCCUGGGCUGCUGCGCCCGGGCGCCGGGCAGGGAACGGCUGUGUGCCGGCCACGUCACUCGUCUGCGACGGCGCCUGCGCUCAACACCAUGCUGUCAGCUGGCGGUGGUGGCUCGUGUCUGCUGCGGCUGCGACGCUUUCGCAGGCGGCCAAGACUUGGGACCUGCUCACUCUUGCAUGGCUUUGGACUAGACCUCUGCCAAGGAGCGCGGGCACUGUGUUGCGAAGCUUCUAGAGACGCACGAGAUGGAGAAGGAGAGCAGUGUCAGGUGGCACAGAGCAAAGCCCCCGGCUCGGAGUCGCCCCCUUUUCUCCCUCUGCGGGUCCGGGGCUUUAGGACUAGAUGUCUUUCGUCAUUGGAAAACUUCAGACUGCCGACGCCUCGCGAGGAGACACCCUCUCGAGAGCACGAGGACUCGAGUGCCGACCAGGAUCAGUUUGGUCCCGCAUUUCGGGGAUCCGCACUCCAAUCGGCGGUUGAGGUCGAAGACCUUCACGUUUCUUCUGCCUGUUCAACUUCCCGAGAGGAACCCUUUCAGGCUGGGGAGCUGAUUUUAGCUGAGAUUGGGAAGAGAGAAACACAAUCUAAAAAAUUAUUUAAAUUGAGCAACACCGGACACUUCAAUGGAAACUGGGGGAAGGUAUCAUUCAGCGACAUUGUGGGGAAGUUCCCCGGCCAGAUAGUGAGGAGUUCUUCGGGUAAGCAAUUUAUACUGAAGAGGCCGACAUUAGAAGACUAUGUAUUACUGAUGAAAAGAGGACCUACCAUAACAUACCCAAAGGAUGUGAGUGUGCUGCUAUUGAUGAUGAAUAUCCACCCAGGUGAUACUGUUUUGGAAGCUGGCUCUGGCUCUGGUGCAAUGAGCUUAUUUUUAUCCAAAGCAGUCGGAUCAAAAGGAAGAGUCGUAAGUUUUGAAAUACGAAAAGACCACCAUGAACUGGCUAAGAAGAAUUACAAACAUUGGCGUGAUUCAUGGAAAAUAAGUCAUGUAGAAGAAUGGCCCGACAAUGUGGAUUUUAUUCAUAAAGAUAUUUCAGGAGCAACUGACGACAUAAAAUCUUUGAUAUUUGAUGCGGUAGCUCUGGAUAUGUUGAAUCCUCAAGUUGCUUUGCCCGUCUUAUACCCAAAUCUUAAACAGGGUGGUGUAUGUGCUGUAUAUCUAGCAAAUAUCACACAGGUUAUUGAACUUUUAGAUGGAAUUCGCACCUGUGAACUUGCUCUUUCAUGUGAAAAGAUAAGCGAAGUUAUUGUUAGAGACUGGUUGGUUUGUCUUGCAAAACAGAAAAAUGGAAUUUUAGUACAAAAAGUAGAACCUAAAAUCAACACAGACCUCCAUUCUGAAAAGAAUAUGAAAAUUGAAGGUGAGAUGUUUCCAGGGGAUAAGCAUGAAGAAUCAUAUUCUGAUUUUCCAUAUGGAUCAUUUCCUUAUAUUGCUAGACCUGUACACUGGCAAACUGGUCAUACUGCUUUUCUUGUCCAGUUGAGGAAGUUCAAACCACAACUUGGCUGAGAACCUCAGAUGACAGCAACUGAUUUGAAGACAGAAGAGUAUCAAAAUAGAACUUUAUAUUGCAAGUCACUAUUUUCAUAAAUUGGGAUUUUUAGCCAUUACUCUGAUUUUUUAUAACUUUUACAUAUAAUUUUUAAAAAUAACAAAAGCUAAAGAAAGAGUGUAACAUUUCAAAACUGCUCAUGUGUCCCAUUUUGACAUUUGUCUUGCAGCUAGUUUGGUAUUAUGUAGUUAAUUAUCCCAAGUUGGCUUUGUUGCACCAUCUCACUCUUCACUUCCUGUAAACCAUGCCAUAGAUUUGUCUUUCUUCAUAAAAUUAUUUUUCUGUUCUUUGUUUGAUUGAUGGUCAUUGGCUACCAAAAUAAAAUAGGCAUUUUAAGAAAAAA